AUGUCACAGACAUGGGAGACUAGCCGAGCGGCGUGGCUGUAUCCCCUUCGGGUAUGUGUUGAAUCUACAAUUUCCCUCUUCCUGCCGGGCAGGCGGAUACUGACGAGUGCUGGACAGGGCAUCUACUACUUUGCUACCCAUCGAUUCCUCUGGCCCUUAUUCAAGGCCCGACUCGUGCCUAUCGUCCUCCUAUCCUCCUUCGUUUACUUCCUUCUCUUUUUCUUCACGUACCUGCCGCAGGUGGCUUUUCUGGCUCUCUUCCAAGGUGUCGGAGCAUGGAUCAAUGGGGCAUUCCUCGUGCUGGGCGAGGGUGCGGCGAUCGUUGCGGCGUUGUUCGAGGCCUUCUUCGUGGACGAGACACUGGUGGAUAUCUUCGACUCAGUUCUGGUCAACGAAGGACAAGAGGAGCUUGUGCUCGCCUCGCGGGUCAUCUACCCGGAGGCUGGUGACCCGGCCAGUCGACUCGGCACCCCGACGACCAGCGCCGUCUAUGCGCCAUUCUCGUUUCGGCAGAUCAUUGAGUUCAUCGUGCUGCUUCCACUCAAUUUCAUCCCAGUCGCUGGUACGCCCAUGUUCCUGGUGUUGACCGGUUACCGUGCUGGUCCGUUUCAUCACUGGCGGUACUUCCAGCUGCUGGAUUUCACCAAGCAGGAGCGGAAGGCCAGCGUGAGUCGACGGCAGCUUCAGUACACUACGUGA